AUGAUGUUUCCAACAUUACGCCAUCAUUCUUUUUUAGGCUCUCCUACUCCUUCGUCGGUCACUGUCGAUAAUCUUCCAAGCCUUCCUGAUCCAGUACAGCUUGUUGGAGUUGCAGAUCCUUUCGGAUUAGGCGAAUUACCAGAGGUUCCUGUUCCACCUCCCUCUUCGAAUCAACAAGUACCCCUCAGUACAAGCAACAGUUGCGUUCCUGACCUCCCCCAUCCUAUUGAUCCUCAAGCUCAGCCGCAAGCCUCUUUUUCGAUUAACAACGAACUAUACGCGCAGCUGCUUGAUCUUGGAUUUGACGACUUCACUGCACGUCUUGCUCUGAUUCGCACUGCGAAUACAGGUGUUGAAGAGGUACGCAUUCGUUGUUGGAUGGUUAUUUUUCUUUCUUUUUCCACACAAAAAAGUCCACGU